AUGGAGAACCAGCACCCACCCCAACCUUAUCACCAGCCUCAACCCCAAGAAACCAAAUCCACCGCCACUACCGCCAUAACCACCACUCUUCAUCAAACAUCUAACAGUAAUAAUAGCAGUAGUAGCAGCACCACAACCGCUAACAAAAGUAAUCGUAAAUGCAAAGGCAAAGGUGGCCCUGACAACAACAAAUUUAGAUACCGUGGAGUGAGGCAACGAAGCUGGGGCAAAUGGGUUGCGGAGAUCCGAGAGCCACGUAAGCGAACCCGUAAGUGGCUUGGCACCUUCGCCACCGCCGAAGAUGCCGCCAGAGCCUACGACCGCGCUGCCGUUAUUCUUUACGGCUCUAGGGCUCAACUUAACCUCCAACCCUCAGCUUCUUCUACUCAAUCUUCCUCUUCUCGUUCUUCUUCUUCUUCCUCUUCUUCUCAAACCCUUCGACCCUUGCUUCCUCGUCCUUCGGGCUUCGCCUUCACCACCGCUUCCCAUCUUCCGGUGCUGUUCAACGCCACCUCCAACAUGCCUUUUGGGGUUUAUAACAACAAUUACACCCCAUCGGUGUUGUGCCCUUUUGAUAAUAAUGUAGUGCAACUUCAUCAGCAUCAUCACUAUCUUCGUCCAGAGGAAAUGGUGCAAGUACAACAACAGCAGCAACAACAGUGUCAACACUCGGAAUCUGAUGUGAGUGUAGCAGCUGGGAUUAUUAUUGCAGAUGAAAAUUCUAUGAGAACAACCUCGUACCAAAAUCAAAGUUAUCAGGAUCAUCUCGUACAACAUAGUCAUGUGUCGAACCAACAGCAGCAUCAGAAUUGCAUGGUUGAUGGAAUGAAUUCGGUGGUGGGGUCGGUUGGGUCAAGCUUGUCUUCUCAGGUGGAUGUGGAUGCAACGGUGGAUCCGGAUCCGUCGUUGGUGGGGACAGUGGGUCUUGGAUCUCCGUCUAUGUGGUCGUUGACAAAUGAAGACGAUUAUUCUGGUAGCUUAUGGGAUUAUAAUGAUCCUUUUUUCUUCGAUUUUUAA